GUGACGGCCAGCGACCGGUAACGGUGUCGCGCGGUGCAACAAAACGGUGCAGGGAAAGGGGAAAAAAAAGGAGUGUUACAGGAGGGGCUCAGCGGAGGACAAGGUGCUGCAGCGAAAUGUUUGUCGAGUGCGGGUAGGCGCGGCAGAGCGGGCCAUGCGCAGCGGCCGGCCCGGCCGAGCAUUGCGCGCCGGGUCGACGGAGUGCGUAAGAUCGGCGGCGGGCGGUUGGAUGCUGCGCCUCGACUGACACGUCCACGGCUGGACCGCCAUGUGACUCGACGCCGACUACGAGCGGAUAGCUCAACAGCGAUCUCGUACGCCACACCGUUAAAGCUUUUUCGUGAGAACACACAACACCAUCGAAUGACUGCGUUCCCCUAUAAAGACAUUGUUUAUACUACUGAUCUGGUGUUUCAGAUGGACCACAGCUCUGAAAACCACCAGUGUUGCACCACAGGUUGCCUCAAUAGCCGCCCUACCAAUUUUCUGGCAACAAUUCUGUGUGUGAAGCCAACAAUGAGCCCCUAUAACAACUGUGUUGUAGAAAGUAGUGUACUGCCUGAAUCUCUUAAUUUGUUGCUUACCAUAAAUAUUAACGUUGGCGUGUGAUAUGACGAACACAGUAAUGGAGCUUGCCUUGAAACUUGUGCGUCUGGCGCUCUAUAAACAACAAUGGUAUUGUUGAGAUGUACUGCUUAUAUCUCUAUUUCAAAAUUAAUAUCUCUUUUACUUCAGUUGGUCAUCCUAAAUGGGCAGAGAAUACCUUUUCUACAGCGGCGCUAUGAAUAACUUUAGCAUUUUUUCUGUAACGAAAAUUUACCGCUGGGGGAAGAAAUGGCCGCCUUACCACAUAAGGCGACAUCUGUCGUGUUCUGUAGUGCAACUUAUUCAGGUUUUGCGUUGACAAAUGUGUGACUAUCUAUAACUAUCUGAAAAUGCUUCUAAAGCAGGAGAGAUGAACACUGAGUAGAAACAAAAAACAAAACAAAAUGUAGAUAUGUGGGCAUUGUGUAAACAGUCUCCUCGUUGAACUAAACUUUCAUUAUAGAUGUCGCAUUUUUAAUGCUGUAUCAUCUUUUUACUUUGUAUAUUUCAAAGCUUAUGAGUACAGGGCUGCUCGUGCAAAACUGGCGUGUGCAGCAUUCAGCAAGGUGUUUUGAGUUGCGAGUAGGUGUUUACUUAAUUUGUGGAACUGUGACUAAGAGAUCCUGAGAAAAUUAUUUCGAACGAGACCGUCAAAAGUUUCACAGUAAUUUCGAAUUUGCGGAAAUGUACGGUCUCGUUUUAAAGAGAGUGUGGUGAAUCUCGGAAUGUCUCGAAUAUAAUCGCCGUAGUUAACCCACAUCACAAGAGGAAAACAACGUGUGGGCAUUGUUGGAGGGAGACAAUGAAGAGUUUACAACUAAUUGUUAAGCCGUUGAAAAUUUUUAUUUCGCGGGGAGUAUGUGGUUGUGCUAGAAGGUUCUGAGUCUAAUUGUGUUGCUUAAGCGGUAUUAAAAGAGGUACUGAUCGGAGAAAGAUCUUGUGGGUACUUCUGGAGGGAGACUGUGGAUACUGGCCGCUUCUGAAUUGUUGAAUCAUUUCGUGUCGUUCUGAAGAGUGCGUUGGGGCUCGAGCCGUCUUGAGAAUCCUCGUAAUCCACUCAGGGACGAGGUGAACUUUUAGGUAGCUGCCCGAUGGCGAGGGUGGAUUUCUGGAUUUAUAUUGCCUCAUUCUGAGGAGGGUGCUUUAUGGUUCGAAACGUCUUCAAUGUGUGGCAGUUUCUUACUAGAGACAUGUGUUGCUUGGCAUAAGCAGUGUUCUGAAGUGUAAAGAUUAGGAAAAAUUAAAGAAAAAAUUGAGGAGGAAAAUCGGUUGUGUCAUCAGACAAAAAAGGAGCUUCUGGUGGAAGGAGCGUCGUGAUAGCAAAGAUAAGGAAGCGUAAAGCAUGGGAGUCCGGAUUUUAGAGAGGUGGCAGAGAGCAAGAUGGUGCAGAAACACGCGGGUGCUCUUCGUGUGGACGACGCUUGCGAUGCUGAGCUGCCUCGACGUCCCGGCGACCGACGCGACGGCGUCGGCGGCGGCGGCGCCCGGCUCCGUGUCCGGAGGGCCCCAGCCCGACCCUCUGCCCGCCGCGAGCCCGGCCGCGUCUUCAGGUGCCUCCUCUGGAUUCGCCGGUAGCGUCGGCGGUGGGUCCCCCGGAGGCCCGGCGGCGGCGCCGGGGGCGUCGUCGGCCUCCGCCUCCGUGGCGGCGCCGCCGCCCCCCGUGGCCUCGGCCGCCGCCCAGACGCUGAGCUCGCGAGUGGUGCGCACCAAGUACGGCGACGUGAGCGGCCUCAUCGUGACGUUCGACUCGCGCCACCUGGAGCCGGUGGAGGUGUUCCGCGGGGUGCCGUACGCGUCGCCGCCCAAGGGCACGCUGCGCUUCAUGCCGCCCGUGUCGGGCGCGCGCUGGAGCGGCGUCAAGGCGGCCGACCGCUUCGGCCCCGUCUGUCCGCAGCGCCUCCCAGACAUCAGCAACGAGACGGCGGCUCUGCGGCGGAUGCCGCGCGGGCGCCUCGAGUACCUCAAGAGGCUGCUGCCCUACCUGCAGAACCAGAGCGAGGACUGCCUCUUCCUCAACAUCUACGCCCCAGCGCAAGGUAGGCUGCGCUGUGCUACCGUGAGGAGUCUCACCGCUUGCUACCGGCAGCACUCUCAGCAGACCUUUUCUCCACGGCGGGGCUGUGCUGACCACACUUGCCUCAAUGAGGCUAAUCCAGCUGCCUGGGGCUGGUACAGCAGCCGCCGCAGCUCCUCGCCGUAG